GCGGGAAGAGGAGCGGGAGCCCCGCAGCGGCACGCCGGGAAAUGCCCCGAGGCUUGUUCCGGGUCGCCCCGGAAGCACCAUAGAGCACUUCCGGCCCGGCGCAGAGCGGCAGCCGGAAGGGGCCGCUCAUUGUUGGCGCUGGAGGACCCGCGAGGAGGCCGCGAGCGGUGCCCCGAGGCCGGCGGCCCCCGCAGCGGCGGCGGCGGCGGAAGAUGCCCGACCGGGACGGCUACAACAACGGCGGCGGCGGCGGCGAUGAGGUGGGCGCCAACGCAGGACGACAUCUGCCGCGACUUCCUGCGCAACGUCUGCAAGCGGGGCAAACGCUGCCGCUUCCGGCACCCCGACAUCAGCGAGGUGACCAACCUGGGCGUGCGCAAGAACGAGUUCAUCUUCUGCCACGACUUCCAGAACAAGGAGUGCGUGCGCCUCAACUGCCGCUUCAUCCACGGCACCAAGGAGGACGAGGACUGCUACAAGAAGACGGGCGAGCUGCCCCCGCGCCUGCGGCAGAAGGUGGCCGCCGGCCUCGGCCUCUCCCCCGCCGACCUGCCCAACAGCAAGGAGGAGGUGCCCAUCUGCAGGGACUUCUUGAAGGGCGACUGCCAGCGGGGCGCCAAGUGCAAGUUCCAGCACCUGCAGCGGGACUACGAGUACGAGGCGCGGGGGAUGGCCGCCCGCGAGCAGGGCCUGGGCACCGCCGUGCGCCGCUACGACGCCAUCUACGACCCCGACCGCUACGACGACCACGAGCCCGUGCUGAAGCGGCGGCGGGUGGACGGGCUGCACUUCGACACCUACGAGUACAGCUUCACCAGCCCGCGGACGGUGGAGUACCGGCUGCUGGAGGAGGAGAACAUCAUGCUGCGCAAGCGGGUGGAGGACCUGAAGAAGCAGGUGAACAACCUGCUGGCCACCAACGAGGUGCUGCUGGAGCAGAACGCGCAGUUCCGCAACCAGGCCAAGGUGAUGACGCUCAGCUCCACCGCCACGGCCACCGAGCAGACUCUGGCCCCCACCGUGGGCACCGUCACCAACUACAACCACAGCAUCGCGCAGACGCACACCACGCUCAGCAGCCAGGCCCUGCAGCCCCGGCCCGUUUCCCAACAGGAUUUGGUCGCCCCCGCCGGCGCCCAGGCGGCGCCCCCGGCCAACGCCGCCCCCCCCAUGAACCCCGAAAUCACACCGCUCUCGGCCGCCCUGGCGCAGACCAUCGCCCAGGGCAUGGCCCCCCCGGUCUCCAUGGCCCCGGUGGCCGUUUCGGUGGCUCCGGUGGCCGUGUCGAUGGCGCAGCCGCUGGGGGGGAUCACCAUGAGCCACGCCACCACCCCCAUGGUGACGUACCCCAUCGCCUCGCAGAGCAUGCGGAUAACGGCCAUGCCGCACUGACCCCCCCGCAGCGCAUCCCGCCUCGGGAGGGGGGGGCGAGGACAGGAGGCGAGCGGGAGCCGAGUCCCAGCGUGGGAUGGAGAAACUGUGGGGGCUCCAGGCUUCGGGGGUGGGGGGGCGCAGGAAAUGGGGCGCCCCCCCAGUGGGUGGCUGUGGCCACCGUUAACCCCGAGCAGCCGUGCGUGGGCUUUGGCGUGACGGCGAAUUCAGGGAAAUGGGGGUUAACGGGGGGGGGGGGGCGCGGCGUGUGGGGGCCUCGUGGUGACCCCAGCCCCUCCGCUGCCCCCCCCCCCAGGACAGAGGGACAGCCGCGAGGGGGGAGCCUUGCUCUGGACUAAGCCCCCAGCUCCGGGGGCUGUGAGCCUCAGUGCCAGGGCUUGUGGCACGGCCAUGGGGGGGCCGGGGGGGGGGCAGCACCGGCCGCUCCCUGUCCCGGUGUUGUGCCCCCCCCCCAGCCCGUGUAAUGUUUUCAGCUAUUAAAGGACGCGACCUGCGUGCGCUCUGCA